GCCGGAGCAGAGCUGGAGCCGGAGAGCGCUGGGCGGCGGCUACGGGGAGGAGCCGCGGGGGACAGCGCUCGCGGGCGGCCGAGGAUGUUGCGGGGCGGCCGCACCAGCGCCCCUCGCUCGUGACCGCGGCGCCGCUCCUGAGGCAGCCGAGGCGGAGGCCCCGCGCAUUCCUGCUCCGCGCACGCGCCCCGCGACCUCCCGGUGCUGACAGCGCGAACGCGCGGCCCCGCGGGAGCAGCACGACGGACCUGGUCCUUCUCCUGCCACUCUGAUUGUUCCCAUGUUCCUUUGCUGCUUUUCUUCCUUCUUCCAACUGUGACCACUUCUCAAGGCUUUGUCUGAAUGUAUGACAACAUGUCCACGAUGGUGUAUAUAAAGGAAGACAAGUUGGAGAAGCUCACACAGGAUGAGAUUAUCUCUAAGACCAAGCAAGUGAUUCAGGGGCUGGAAGCUCUGAAGAAUGAGCAUAAUUCCAUUUUACAAAGUUUACUGGAAACACUGAAGUGCUUGAAGAAAGAUGAUGAAAGUAACCUGGUGGAGGAGAAAUCGAACAUGAUCCGGAAGUCACUGGAAAUGCUGGAGCUGGGCCUGAGUGAGGCGCAGGUCAUGAUGGCUUUGUCCAAUCACCUGAAUGCCGUUGAGUCGGAGAAGCAGAAGCUGCGUGCACAGGUUCGGCGCCUGUGCCAGGAGAAUCAGUGGCUGCGGGACGAAUUGGCCAACACGCAGCAGAAAUUACAGAAGAGCGAGCAAUCUGUGGCUCAACUGGAGGAAGAAAAGAAGCAUCUGGAAUUCAUGAAUCAGUUAAAAAAAUACGAUGAUGACAUCUCUCCAUCCGAGGACAAAGACACUGAUUCCACCAAAGAACCUUUGGAUGACCUUUUCCCAAAUGACGACGAUGAGCCUGGUCAAGGAAUCCAGCAGCAGCACAGCAGCGCAGCGGCGGCCGCGCAGCAGGGCGGCUACGAGAUCCCGGCGCGCCUGCGCACUCUGCACAACCUGGUCAUCCAGUACGCCUCCCAGGGGCGCUACGAGGUGGCCGUGCCGCUCUGCAAGCAGGCGCUGGAGGACCUGGAGAAGACGUCCGGCCACGACCACCCAGACGUGGCCACCAUGCUGAACAUCCUGGCCUUGGUGUACAGAGACCAGAAUAAAUACAAAGAUGCCGCAAAUCUACUGAACGAUGCCUUGGCCAUCCGUGAGAAAACUUUGGGCAAAGAUCACCCUGCGGUGGCGGCCACGCUGAAUAACCUGGCAGUGCUGUACGGCAAGAGAGGGAAGUACAAGGAGGCCGAGCCGCUGUGCAAGCGAGCGCUGGAGAUCCGAGAGAAGGUUUUGGGAAAGGAUCACCCCGAUGUUGCUAAGCAGUUGAAUAAUUUGGCCUUACUGUGCCAGAAUCAGGGCAAGUAUGAAGAAGUGGAAUAUUACUAUCAAAGAGCCCUCGAGAUCUAUCAAACAAAACUGGGGCCCGAUGACCCCAAUGUGGCCAAAACGAAAAAUAACCUGGCCUCCUGCUAUCUGAAGCAAGGAAAAUUCAAGCAAGCAGAAACACUGUACAAAGAGAUUCUUACUCGUGCACACGAAAGGGAGUUCGGUUCUGUGGAUGAUGAAAAUAAACCCAUUUGGAUGCACGCUGAAGAAAGAGAAGAAUGCAAAGGAAAGCAAAAGGACGGAACAUCUUUUGGAGAAUAUGGCAGCUGGUACAAAGCCUGCAAAGUUGACAGUCCAACUGUUACAACCACUUUGAAAAACCUCGGGGCACUUUACAGACGUCAAGGCAAAUUCGAAGCUGCCGAGACACUGGAGGAAGCAGCCAUGAGGUCCCGCAAACAGGGUCUUGACAAUGUUCACAAACAGAGAGUCGCUGAAGUGCUGAAUGACCCUGAGAACAUGGAGAAGCGGAGAAGCCGGGAGAGCCUGAACGUGGACGUGGUCAAGUACGAGAGCGGCCCUGACGGAGGGGAGGAAGUGAGUAUGAGCGUAGAGUGGAACGGGAUGAGAAAAAUGAAGCUCGGGCUGGUUAAAUGACUUGCUCAGCGUCCCAUGGCCUCGCUGCCCUCUGUGACGCCCACACUGUCUCCUGCAUGACGGGCGGCUCCUCCGGCUUUGCUCCCCUCCAGUGCUGACUGCUGUGUGUAGCAACCCCUAGGAUUCUUGUCAGAGCUCCACCUCUCUGUGACUGGCCAUUCCUUUCGGUGCUGCUGUCCUUUUGGGGGGUUCCUUAUCUCUGUAUACAUGUAGCUUUGCCAGAUAUGUACUUAGUAAUAUAAACUGUGUUAAUAAAACCAUUUACCGUGUGAUACGUGAGUUUAAAAAUUAAGAGCGAUUAUUGUUCGCUUUGAUAAAAGGUAGUUAGAGGUCCCCACAGGUGUUGGUGCAGUGGCAUGACAGUGACCGUGGACACUAGCUAGGCUGUAAGAGUAGGGCAUGUGCUGCUCCCGUCGCACUCCGAGACGUGGCGAGGCCGCUGGGCCCCGGGCUCUCCCCUUAGGAUCUCGCUCAAGUAGCAUUUGCUGUGUAGUCUCUGUGAAAUUUUGGCAAAUUUGCUCUCCUCCACUAAUCCUUAAGUGGUCAGUGAUUUGUGUAUUUGUGUCUUUCUAACUUCUAAUAAACUCACUCCAACUGA